CCUAGGCUUGCAGGUCUUGGGACCAAGGCGCCGGUACAUGUUCAAGCCGGGUUCAUAUCCCUUAGAGGACGUCACCCCACGGCGGCAGUCCUUGCUAGCUUAGUAGCUCAGCACUGUUGCAUUGGAUGAUCUGGAGAUUGCUCUCGUCCGUCCGCCUGGAAAAUUGGGGUAAUCAUGGGGAAACGGAAUCGCAUCGCGGGCCGGAUCUUGCAUAUAUGAAUUGCGUCGCCCUCGUUAUGGAGUGUUCCUAUUGACCUCACCCUCGUCCACGCCGGCCUCGUUCUUUCAAGAUAGGUUCUCUCGUUUCUCGCCCGAGUUUCAUUGUUACCAGACGGUCAAGAUGCACAUCCAAUCACUCACCGUUCCCCUCUUGGCGGCGUCCUUGCCCCUAGCCUCGGCCCAGCUUGACUACUACGCGAAGAAAGCAGGCUUGCUGUACUUUGGUGCUGCAACUGACUCCCCGGGACAGCGCGAGCGCGCUGGUCUGGAAGCAUCUUACGAGCAAUACGACGCCAUCCUCGAUGAUAUCAACGAGUUCGGCCAAACAACCCCGACUAACGGGCAAAAGUGGCUUUUCACCGAGCCCUCGCCGGGCGUUUUCAACUUCACAGAGGGUGAUAUCGUGACCUCCAUCGCCGAAGAGAACGGCCAGAUCCUCCGCUGUCAUGCCCUUGUCUGGCACAGCCAGCUCGCCCCCUGGGUUGAGAAUACAACAUGGACGCCCGAGGAGCUCACCGAGGUGAUUGUCAGACACAUCCACGAGGUUGCCGGCCACUACAAAGGCAAGUGCUACGCCUGGGACGUCGUCAAUGAGGCUCUCAACGAGGAUGGCACCUACCGCGAGUCCGUUUUCUAUAACGUUCUCGGCGAGGAGUACCUCAAGUUGGCCUUCCGCACCGCGGCCGAGGUCGAUCCGGCGGCGAAGCUGUACUACAACGACUACAACCUCGAGUCGGUCGGUCCCAAGAGCGAGGGCGCCAAGCGCAUCGUGAAGCUGCUCCAGGACGACGGCAUCAAGGUCGACGGCAUUGGUAUGCAAGCUCACCUCGUAGCUGAUAGGGCGCCUAGCCUGGACCAGCAAGUCGAGGUCAUUCGCAGCUACGCCGAGCUCGGAGUCGAGGUUGCCCUCACAGAGCUGGAUGUCCGUGUCGAGCUCCCGGUAAAUGAGACAAACCUGGCGUGGCAGAAGGAGGCGUACAAGAACUCUACCAGUGCCUGUCUUCAAGUAGCGGCUUGCAUUGGCAUCACGAUCUGGGACUUCUACGACCCCUUCAGCUGGGUUCCCGCCGUCUUCCCGGGUGAGGGUGCUGCCCUUCUCUGGUUCGAGGACUUUAGCAAGCACCCGGCUUAUGAUGGCGUUCUCGAGGCAUUGAAGAACACGACUGCGGCUCCCUGUAGAAGAAGGCGGUCCUUGGGGUCUGGCAAGAGCAAGAAGCUGUUCUAGUUAGUGAUAUAGGUGAAGGGGUGUCGGGUGGGCUUUGCACCAACCGUGAUUGUCAAAAGCUUAGCUGAGGCAAAGUAAUGAGGG